GCUAACUGGCUAGUGCUUCCAAAAGUUGCUGAAAGCAUGGAUGUAGGUUAAUGAAAACGGAAAGAUGAGGUUAAACACACAGCUGAUUCGUUCCAGAGCAAAAGGGCCUUUGCAAACAGUGGAAUACUUGGAUUUAUCAAACACUGGAAUAGAAACAAUAGAAAAAUUAAACAGCUGUGCCAAACUUCAUACCCUAAAUCUUCGAGGAAAUGCAUUAUAUGAAGUGAUUAAUUUAGAAUCUUGUCAGCAAUUAUGGAAUAUUGAUCUAAGUAAUAAUGAGUUGAAGAGUUUGGAUGGGUUAUCAAAAUUUGUCGCUCUUGGAAACCUGAAUUUAUCAAAUAAUGACUUGACAUGGCACGAACUUGGAAAAAUAAGACAUUUACACAUCCUCAAUCUCAGUUUUCAUGGAAAUCGACAACUGGAGAAAGAUACCUAUUAUCGCAUUCAUAUAGUAGAUUGUUUACCUCAUGUAUGGAUGUUAGAUGGAAGGUUAAUUACAGCUGGUGAACGUCUACAAGUGAAGAAUUUCUUCCAUGAAUCUGCAUUAACAGAACAUCCUAUUAGACACAAAUUAUCAAAAGACUGGUUCAUACCUACAGCAAUGAAGAGAAUAGAUGUGACAGGAAUAUUUGGUGAUAAGGCAACUCAUGUAAUGACAAAAUUCCCAGUGAAUGGAAUGUACAAUGUGGAAACAGACAGGAGAAGACUUAAGUAUAUUGCCUAUAGCUUACAGGAAGAUUUACUCAUAGAAAAGAAAUACACACAAAAUGAUUACCAGAUUUUGCGGUAUCACAAAAGCUUCAUGGAAGACAUAUUAAGUAGUCGACCAAGGGACCGUGAAAGAUGUAAUAUGUUGUUAAUGUUAUUAGUUGCCUCAUUAGAAUUUGUUAUGCCAACUCAUUUGAUGAAAGAUACAUUAGAAACAACGAAGCUCAGUAAAGUUGGGAAUGUGUUUACCAUGGAUAUAUUUUUAUUAUCACGAGAUGUUCGUUGUUAUAUUGUGUCCAUUUUAUUGGGAGCUGUUAAGGUGGACAAAGAUGACAAAGAGGAUGGAGGACUAUAUGACAAGUUGUAUUUGUGUUUAUUUUAUACCAUAUCAGAACUAACCAAACUCAGUCAUGCUGUUGAUAAAAGAGAAUGUGCCAUUAGAUCUAAACUUAAUACUGUCUAUAGAGACUAUAAAUGUUUACUUGCCUCAGAAGUUGUACAGCUAUUGUGUAUUGUUCCUACAUUCUUUGACUACAUAACAAAAGAUAUAGGUGUAAUGAAUUUAGUGAUAACAGCAACGGGUGAUAAAGAUGUGACAGAAAAAAUAAACAAAGUAUCUGUAGCUGUUAGAGAGGAAGGGGGAGAUGUCAACAAAAUGUAUGAGGAAUUAUCUGCUCUUCUGCUGCAGAAAGUUCAGGAACAGUCUAAAAAUAUCAGUAAUAAAUCACCAAGAUUAUCUUCCUCUGAUGAAAUUCUCAGUCCAACAAAACUAUCUCCAGUUAAAUCUAUAAACCCAGUAGAUGUUGCAGAUUUCCACAUGAGAGGAGUAACUAGUCCUGAGAAAGACCCACCAAGAGUUGUGAGUGCUAGAAAGCCCGCAGAAAGAUUUCCAAAACUUGGUGAUUCCUUGUUACUUGGACCACAGACUCUUGGUAAAAUUGUAUCAUUACCACAGCCAUUUGUUGCUCUUGUUGCUAUGGAUUCAGUCCCAGCUGCUAAUGGUGCUAUGCAGAGUAAGCUAAAGAGCAGCGAAGACCAUUAUACUUAUGUAAAUAUGGACCAGUUACUAUGGGACCAGAAUAUGCACUUUUGGAAACCCAAAGGAGCUAUAGGUGACAGUAUACUGUUGGAGUAUUUAACCAACUGUAGAUCGUCCACAAGGUUAACUAUACACACAGUUGAAGAUUUACAAAAGGAGUUAGAAAGAAAAGCCAACAUGGCAGACAGACAAUUGAGACCUAAUUCACCAGAUUGGCAGGCGAGUCAUGGCACAGAACCUCUUAUUUACUCUCCUAGACAUCCUCCUCCUUCAUCAGCACCCCCUAGACCAAAGUCAAAUCAGGGCACUCCUAGGCCAAUGUCAUCAUUAUUAAAGGAAAAACUAGAUCUAAAAUUAGAUUUGAGUAGAAGAACAGAGUCAGCUGCUGGUUACUUGGAGGCAAGACAGAGCAGUGAGAAUAUAGCUAAACCCUCAUCACCAACGAGUAUAUCAGGGGAGACGGAUGGUCCAAGUGAAUGUUACCAUUGUGCUCUAGAGGCAGCUAGGACAAAUGAAGAAAAGGAGAAUAUUAAAUCCUCACCAGAAGACCACCAUGCACAUCACCAUCAUGAUCAUAAGCAUGAAGAAAAGGAGGAGAAAAAGGAUAAGGAAAAGAUAGGAUCAGAAGAAAAUUUAGUACAUAAUUCAACAGAAAAUGCCACUAAUGAACAGUUAUCUAACAAAGAAAACAAAGAACCAAAAACUUUUAAAGAGAAAUAUGAUAAAUCCAAAAAUACACAGAGAGAAAUAAAGACAACUUAUUCAGCACGGGAAAGUACAAGUGCUCCCACUUUACAGAUUCAAAUUCCAUCAUCAGCUGAUAUAAAGGAAGAGGUAAAGAGUAAAGAAGUGAAAACUCCAUCGAAGGAAGUUACAUACACAAGACCAAGCAGUAUCCCACCAACUGAGGCGAUGUCACCAGAUGGUACUCAUCCACAACAAUCCAGCAGAGGAAAGGCAGCAUUCAUGAUUUCAGGUAGUAAGCCUGUUACUGGAACAAGACCAUUUUCAGCAGUUGAUGCUUACAAGUAUAUUGUGGCACACCCUAUAAGACAGUCGACAGGGUCAACAGAAAAUAGCUUUUCUACAUCUUACCAGCAACAGAGAACAGAUGUAUGGAAACAGAAUGUCACAGCACGUCCUAAUACUACUGCACCUUCAACAGACGUUGUAUUGAGUAUAGUAGCAACACCUGCUCCUAGUGUGAUCAUGCCAGCGCUAGGAUUCCGUGGCAGAUCUGGAAGAAGAAAGUCGCCCCCUCCUCAAAGACCAUCUUCUCCCGCAAACCGUGGAAUACCUCCUCAUCACAGACCUAAAAGUGCUGUUCUACAGGUCAGAGCAGGAACUGAAUGGUUGGCUGGAGGACGUGACCUUCACUGGGAAAAGAUGUCACAACGACCUCGAAAUUCACAUGUACCUGGAUGGAAAGAUGGAUUACCGGAUAAUUUUCAAAGGCCAAAGUCAGCUGUUGCCAAUAGGACUUAUAAAAGAUCAAGGGCCUCAACUCCAGUCACACCAUCAUCACUUGCAUAUGAUAACAUGAUACAUGGUUGGCGUUCCCCUCAAGGUUCCUUACCCGAAUUAACUGAUCUUUCUGAUUAUUAUCACCCUCAUCAACAACACCUUUUACGGAUGCUCGGCUCAUCACCACAGACAGGCCAAUCACACUUCUAUAACCCGCCACCACAAGAUACAGUUUAUAGCACUCCCCCCUGCAGUCCUCGUGCCAAUAGCCCUAUAAAGAUUCUACACCUGGACUGCAUCAUUGAGACAGAAGAUACAGCAUUCUGUUCCAGAGCAGAAAGCCCUACUCUACAAGAUGUGCCAAUUUAGAAAUACUUCGUCGAUUUAUUUUUGAUGAUCUUUAAUCUUUAAUUACUUUUUUAGCUCACCUUACCCAAAAGGGUCAAGUGAGCUUUUCUCAUCACUUGGCAUCCGUCGUCCGUUAACUUUUACAAAAAUCUUCUUCUCUGAAACUACUGGGCUAAAUAAGACAAAACUUGGCUUAAAUCAUCCUUAGGGUAUCUAGUUUAAUAAAUGUAUCUGAUGACCCGCCCAUCAACCAAGAUGGCCGCCAUGGGGGUAAAAUGCAGUUUUUUGCUUAUAUCUCUGAAACUAAAGCAUUUAGAGCAAAUCCGACAGAAUAAAAAUAUUCAUCAGGUCAAGAUCUAUCUGCUCUGAAAUUUUCAGAUGCAUCAGACAACUUGUUGUUGGGUUGCUGCCCCUGAAUUGGUAAUUUUAAGGAAAUUUUUCAGUUUUUGGUUAUCUUGAAUAUUAUAAUAGAUAGAGAUAAACUGUAAACAGCAAAAAUGUUCAGCAAAGUAAGCUCUACAAAUAAAUCAUACGAUCAAAAUUGUCAAUUGACCCCUUCAGGAGUUAUUGCCCUUUAAAGUCAAUUUUUCGUAAAUUUUUGUAAUCUUUUACAAAAACUUCUCCUGAAAUUACUGGGCCAAGUUAAACCAUACUUGGCUUAAAUCAUCCUUAGGGUAUCUAGUUUAAAAAAUGUAUCCAAUGACCACGCCCACCUACCAAGAUGGCCGCCAUGGCUAAAAAUUGAACAUAGAGGUAAAAUGCAGUUUUUGGCUUAUAUCUCUGAAAAUAAAGCAUUUAGAGGAAAUGUAACGGGGUUAAAAUGUUCCAUCAGGUCAACAUGACCAAAAUUGUCAAUUGACCCCUUAAGGAGUUAUUGUCCUUUAAAGUCAAUUUUUCAUAAAUUUUUUUAAUCUUUUACAAAAAUCUUAUCCUCUUAAUCUACUUGGCCAAAUGGAAUUAAACUUAGCCACAAUUAUUAUUCUUGAUUGAAAAAUGUAUUCCAUGACCCUGCCCUACAACCAGCAUGGUCCCCAUUGGUAAAAAUAGAACAUAGGGGUUUACUAUAGAAGUAUAUGUGAAAAAUGUAAAAAAAAAACAAUUUCAGAUGGUCACAACUUGAAAACUAAUUUAAAUAAUGAUAAGUGGUCUUCAGUUACUAUUGUAAGACUACAAUGGGAUGACUUGAUUUUUUUUCCAGGGGGUGCAAUUUUUUUUGGGGGGUGGGGUGUAGCUAAUAAUUUCUCCUUGAUAUGUUCCAUAUUCAGAAUUAUUCAGUGUUACUUCUUUUAUAAACCAUUAUUAUAUCUUUUCUUUCAGCAUACUUAUAUUGGGUGAAUGACCUGGUGGGUUAGUCAGGGUCAGGGGAUCCCCUGCUGAAUUUUUUUUUGAAGGGUGUUCCAUAAAAACAUUUUAUAGGCAUUUUCAGCAUUAUACAGGCACUGGGUAAAAUAAAUUUUGGAGCGAAGGAAAGGAAAUUUUUUAUUUUUUGUUAAUUAUCUUGAAUAUCAUUAUAGAUUGAGAUAAACUGUAAACAGCAAAAAUAUCAAGCAAAGAAAGAUCUACAAAUAAGUUAACAUGACCAAUUGGCAAUUGACAUCUUAUUGGAGUUAUUGUCCUUUAAAGUUAUUUUCUGCAAUUUAUUGGUAAUUUUUGUAAAUCUUUUCAAAAAUCUUCUGCUUUUGAUUUAACUACUGGGCCAAAUUAAACCAAACUUGGCCUCGAUCAUUAUUAGGGUAUCUAUAUAAUUUUAACCUUAUUUUACUCGAUUUCCAAAACCACAGUACAUAUAGGUGAGCAACACAGCUCUUGAAAGCCUCUAGUUUUAUAAUCAAUUUGUUACGUGUUUUAUUGUGCUUUUUCUUCUUCAUUAAAACAAAUAACAAAAUUAUGAUUAUCAUCUGUAUAUUCAAGCACUAAAUUCUUAAGUUUUAGGACCUGAACACAAGUAUUUAAAGAAAUAUGUAUGUUUUAUUUACACUUAAUUUUAAAUUCAUUCAUAAUCACCGAUUUGUCCCUAUUGUGAUAUUGAAUAGUGUUACAUAAAUUUUCAGGACAUGUAUGUAUAAUCAAUGCUGAGGGUUUUCAUUUAUGAAUUCUUUUAUUGCUAAGGCCAUUUUCUUUAAAAAAAAAUAUUUAAAAAUGGACUGUUAUUUAUAUUUUAUCUCCCCUUAUUCAAAAUUCUUUUUUUUUUUUCCUUUUUUUUUUGGCUGACUUUUUUAUUAGUUUUUUUAGCCCAUUAUUCUGUCAACCACAAACAGACCUCAUUGCUUUGAAAAUAUGAAGAAAAGGAUACAUUCUUUUUUAAUGUAUUUAUAUUUUUAUACGGCCACAAAAAAAUUUUUGUGGUCGUAUAUUGGUAUGACGUUGGCGUCGUCGUCGUCGUCCGAAGACACAUUAGUUUUCGCACUCUAACUUUAGUUUAAGUGAAUGGAUCUCAAUGAAAUUUUACCAUAAGGUUCAAUACCACAAAAGGAAGGUGGGAAUUGGGGGUUAUGGUACCAACAGUUAAGGAAAAAGGGGCCAAAAAUAAGCAUUUUUCUAACUUCCAGACAUAACUUGUGUGUAAGUGUAUGGAUCUCUCUGACAUUGUACCACAAGGUUCCAUAUCACAAAGGGAAUGCUGGGAUUGAUUUUGGGGGUAAUUGCGUCCAAAUUUUAGGAAUUAGGGGCCAAAAAAGGGAAAAAAACAAGCAUUUUUCUAGUUUCCAGACAAUAACUUGUGUGUAAGUGUAUGGAUCUCUCUGACAUUGUAUCACAAGGUUCCAUAUCACAAAGGGAAUGCUGGGAUUGAUUUUGGGGGUAAUUGCCUCCAAAUUUUAGGAAUUAGGAGCCAAAAAGGGGCAAGAAACAAGCAUUUUUCUAGUUUCCAGACAAUAACUUGUGUUCAAGUGUAUGGAUCUCUCUGAAAUUGUACUACAAGGUUCCAUAUCACAAAGGGAAAGCUGGAAUUGAGUUUGGGGGUAAUUGCCCAAAAAGUUUAGGAACAAGGGGCCAAAAAUAAGCAUUUUUCUAGUUUCCAGACAAUAACUUGUGUUCAAGUGUAUGGAUCUCUCUGAAAUUGUACUGCAAGGUACCAUACCACAAAGGGAAGGCUGGAAUCGAUUGUGGGGGUAAUUCCCUCAAAAUCUUAGUAUUUAGGGGCCAUAAAAGGGCAAAAAAACAAGCAUUUUUCUAGUUUCAGGACAAUAACUUGUGUGUUAGUGUAUGGAUCUUUAUGAAAUUGUACUGCAAGGUUCCAUAUCACAAAGGGAAAGCUGGGUUUAAGUUUGGGGGUAAUUGCCCUAAAUGUUUAGGAAUUCGGGGCCAAAAUGGGGCCAAAAAACAAGCAUUUUUCUAGUUUCCAGACAAUAACUUGUGUUCAAGUGUAUGGAUCUCUCUGAAAUUGUACUGCAAGGUACCAUACCACAAAGGGAAAGCUGGAAUUGAGUUUGGGGGUGAUGAAUCAUAAGGGGGUUCAAAAAAUUGGGGGGGGGGAUUUUUUUUUUCUUUAAAAUUUUCCAUUUUAAAUUGGUUAUUUCUGAUUUAUAUAUAAAAGCAAAUAAUAAUGAUAUGGUUUGAAUAGGUAAAUUAAAAAUUUUUAAGUUCUUAGACCACUUUCAUUCUGUGUGCAAAACCUAUGCUGUGUCAAAUAUUUAAUUACAAUCCAAAUUCAGUGCUGUAUCAAACUUGAAUGUUAUGUCCAUACUUGCCCCAACUGUUCAGGGUUCGACCUCUGCGGUCGUAUCAAGCUGCGCCCCAGCAGAGCAUUUUAUUUACAUGUAUUAUACAUUAAAACAUGACAAAUUUCAUAUUAAUAAAAUAAGGUUAUAAUUAAUGAUCAGUAGAUGUCAUUUGAUUUUUGCAAAAAAAAAACUUGAUAUAAUGCUUUUAUGAUUAGAAACAAUUGUACUAAAUUUUGGUAGUUUAUAUAUUGCUGCAUGAAUGUCUCUGAGAGCAUUUGUUUAUGGCAUUAUAAAUGAGUUAUUAGUAUAUGUAAUGAGAUUUUUCAAUCAUUUUUUUUUUUAAUAAGGCUUUUGCUAUUUUAGAUUCUAGAAGCUGAUGCAUUACUUAAUGUUUGUCUUUUUAGCUCACUUGGCCCAGAGGGCCAAGUGAGCUUUUCUCAUCACUUGGUAUCCGUCGUCUUUAACUUUUACAAAAAUUUCUCCACAAAAACUUAUGGGCCAAAUUUAACCAAACUUGACCACAAUCAUCAUUGGGGUAUCUAGUUUAAAAAAAGUGUCCGAUGACCCCGCCUGCCAACCAAGAUGGCAGACAUGGCUAAAAAUAGAACAUAAGGGUAAAAUGCAAGUUUUGUCUAUUAUUUUGAAAACCGUUAUAAAAAGAGAAAAUCUGUUCAGAAUGUUGUGCUCUACCAAUUGUUCCUAUAUGUCAAAACUGUCAGACAACUUCUUAUAGGAGUUAUUGCCCUUAAAUGACAAAUUUUACCAUUUUUUUACAUUUUUGCCUGUUAUCUUGAAAACUAUAAUAGAUAUGGAGAAACUUUAAAUGCAAAAAUGAUCAACAAAACAAGAUCUACAAAUAAGUUUUAUUGUCGAAAUUGUCAGUCGACUCCUUAUUAGAGUUAUUGUCCUUUGAUGACGAUGUAUACCAAUUUUUUGUAGAGCCUGAGACUUUUGUCGCAGAAAGCUCAACAUAGGGAUAGUGAUCCGGCGGCGGGGGCAGCAGCGUUAGCUAACUUCUUAAAAGCUUUAUAUUUUAGAAGUUUGAAGAUCUGGAUGCUUCAUACUUUUUAUAUGGAUGCCUCAUGUUACGAAGUUUCCGUCAGUCACAUGUCCAAUGUCCUUGACCUCAUUUUCAUGGUUCAUUGGUCAAUGUUUAGUUUAAUUGGUUAAUGUUAAGUUUAUGUGACAGUUGUAAUAAAGCUUUAUAAUUAAGACUAUUAACAUAAUAUCAAUGAUUAGUAAAGACGGCGAGACAUUUCAGCGUGUGCACUCUUGUUGUGUUUUUGCCUUAUAUCUUAAAAAUUAUAAUAGAUAGAUAGAAACUUAAAUAAGCAAAAAAGUCAGCAAGAUAAUAUCUACAUUUUUUUGGGGGGGUUUUGCCAUAUAUAAUAAAAAUUAUAAUAGAUAAAUAGACACUUUAAAUCACAACAAUGAUCAGCAAGGUAACAUCUACUAACAAGUAAAAUUCUGCCGAUAUAGUUAGUAGACUGUCACUCUUUAUAGGAGUAAUUGCCCUUAAAUGAGGAUUUUUUCUCCUGUUUUAUGUUUUGAGCAAAAACUAAAGUAGAAAGAGAGAAACUAAACAGACUAGAUGAUCAGCAAUACAAGAUUAACAAAACAGAGAUUUUUGUCAUGAAUUAUUAAUCUCGUCUACAAUAUAGGAGAGUGUCCUUUGUUGAAUAUGCACAUAGACCAAGGUGAGCGACACAGGCUCUGAAGAGCCUCUAGUUAAAUGAAGUUUGUGUAUUUAUUAAUGAUUAAUUGCUUGCUCAGAUAUCAUGACAAUGUAUGUCCUUUGACUGUCAUCGAAAUGAAAUAUGAAUACAUUGCUCAUACACUUAAUUUGUGUAUAGAUAUAUAUAUAAUGCGUUUUGUUAAAAUAUACUUUUUCACUUUUUUGGUCUUUUGGAAAAUGUUGUUUGUGCUGUAUUUAGACCCCUCUACCAAGAAAUUUGUUUUGCAUGCACACGUAUAAAAAUUGCGGUUUUUAUCCAACGCAAUCAUAGGUUUGAACGUUGUUUUCAAUUUAGACUUGGAUAUAAAUAUAUAUACCUCUUGCUGUUACUAUAAUAUGAAUAGGUGUUGUGUCAAGUUAUUUUACAUUAGACUGUUUUUUAUAGAAUGAUUCAUUCCGUCCACAAUUUAAAGAUGCCAAAUAUUAUGUUAAAUGAAAUAAGAUAUGUUUUUUGUUAUUUUCUGUUAAAAAUUGUUUUGCCAUUUUUUAUAAACUCUUCCUCAAUAAUGAACCAUGAUAAUUUGUUUACAGCUGAUUUUUUAUGGCAAAUGUUGAAGUUCCUUAGAUUUGUUGUUAAGAAAUAUUCAGUUCCUUUGUUUAAGAAUAAUUACAUUGACGCUGUAUAUUAUAUCCUCAAUCUAUGAGUGGGGCUUGAUUGAAAUCACACAUCUAUCAAUUUCAUUUAAAAAUCUUUUAUAACUAAUGCAACUCAAAACUUAAAUUUGAACAGUCUCAGGCUAUUAUAACUGUUUUGGACUAUAAAAAAUAGAAUGAAUUGAUAUUGUUGUCACAUCUUACACUGAUUCUUCUAGCAGAUACCAAAUUUCAAUAAAAUCCACCUCACAGAUUAAUAAUUAGAUAGUAAUUUUCUGUUGAAAAGAGAUCACUGCUGCCAUUAUCCACCAUUUUCAUUGCUGAUGAGUUUAACUGACAACAAAGGGACUGUUGAAACAGAUCUUGCUUAUGUUUAUGUGAUAGUAAAUUUUAUUACAUUUUAUAAAUACACUGAGUAAUCUAUUUCUUUUACAUUGUUGAUAUGGUUACAUGAAAUUUAUGGGAUCAAACAAAUAAAAUUUAUAGAAACUUC